AGCUCUCCUUUCUCUGUGCGAGCAUUCGCAGGAGGUGCCUCUAGAGUCAUAUCUUGGUCAUAGCGACACGCUUAGCUCGCCUUCGUGAAGUGUUGUCACCUGUCAAAUACAUCCUUGAUAGCAGAGUCGCCCUUGAACGUUCGGUCGAAAACCUGGACUCUUGAUGUCGCUCAUCCAUAACAGGCGUCACGACGAUCUGUCUAUGUCCAAGCUUCUUCAUUCAAUUGACAUCUCUGUCAUGACCAAUAUAAAGCGGCGCUUGCUUAAGCGCCACUACUAUUGUUCUUGCUCAGAACCCCUGGUCUACAUCUCGGAAGGCAACGACCAUACCCCUCCAUACCCGCACACUUGGCGUUUCUUCAACUUGAAGCUUAGCCGUUACGUUACUGGCCGACCCUUCGAAGUGUUAUCACCUUUGGAUGAGACAAGCACUUAUGGGUCUCUUAUCUUAAAACAACUGAACCUUGACUUCACGCCUAUAGAGCAGCCCAUGCCAAGUCCGUGCUGACCAUCCCAAUAGUAACAAAUCGAGGACACGCCC